AUGCGUUUUAGUGCUUCUUCUGUCGAGAGUGUGACAUUGAGCCUUUCUGCCACCGCUUCAACGACGACUGUCGCCGCUGAAACAACAACCGCUACUUCUGCCGAUCUGUCGACUCCCUUCGCCUCUACUGUUGGCGAUGAGACUACCACAGAGGCUAUAGGGGCGGCUACCACCACUGAAACAUCAGUGACUGUCAAUUUCUCAACUACCAUUGAGACAACUGGCACUGCAGAGACCGCCACCACUGACGCUAUAACCACCGACGCUAUAACUACUGCCGCGACUACGACUGCAGAGACAACGACAGCCGAUGCCACCACCACAACCGCAGAUACCUUCGUCCCAAUCCCAACAUUCGACGUCCUCGCUAUCGGCGCUCAAGUCGACGGCCAAAAGCUCCGCGGUCACGUAACAACAGACUACGAAAUGGGAUGGAAUCUCGACCGUACACCCCCAAUCCUCGCCUUCUCCAUUGACCCCGACACAAACCAAGUCAAGGAAGUCAAUGGAAACCACCUCUGUCUUCAAUACGGCGAUCCUAACGAAGACUAUCCCAACUUUCUUAAAUUUUGCGACCCCGGCAGUGUCACCAACAUCGAUAUUGGACUUGGUAUGGUCACUUGUGAGCAGACUCAUGAUCGCAGGCUUGAGUGCUCGGCCCCAGCUGCGCAGUGUGUGGAGGAUGAUAUGACCAGGAUGGUGACUUGUUCGGCGCUCCCCGGGACAUUUACGGGCUUUUAUACAAAUUCCGGUAUGUCGCAGGGUAUCACUCUUGUGAUGGGGCCGGAGAGUAAUGGCCCUACUGGCACUGCGUACCAGUCUGUUGACUUGGGAAUUGAACCUGCUUCUCAGUAA